AGGCACCAUUGAUCUCUAUGCUCCACCCAACUCCAGCGAGGUUACUCGCUGCUAGUCUGUGCGUCCUGAAACACCACCAUGACCUCGCCUGAGAUGGAGAAUCGUUUUUCUUUUUCACCUGUAAAAUGUACUUGAAUCCAAGAAUCCAUGAAAAAGAUAUACUUGAAUGACAAAGUACGUAAAUAUGUAUGUUUGGUUGACAUAACUUCGGUCUGGACUAAGAGCGGAUACAGCGAUUAAUGGAUGAUUAAUUUUGGAUAUGACCAUCAUGAGCUCUUAGUUGAAGGGGCAUUCUUUCAUCUCAGUCAUUGAUUCAAUUAAGAGGGGGUGUACUGAAGCAGAAUUCUUUAACAUGUGCAACCCAAUAGCUCAAUAAAUGAUCUUCUUUUUCAUCGGCGACUGAAAGUCUGAAUGCUGUACAGAUAUUAGAAUCUAGUACAGUAUCUUAUUUUUUCUCGAUGAAGGGUAAAAGGGAUCUUGUAUUUAGAUAGCUGACAAAAGCAUGAAGUAGCAGGUAAGGAAACAAACAGCCUAUAAGCAUCCAGGUUCAUGUCACAUCACGGGAACACAGAGGUCAUGUUGAUGGCUUACCCGUCAAUGGUGUUAGGAUUAGAAAUUCAGAAACCAUGGCCUACAAGUCCAAGCGGUGGUUGAGGGAAUUCGUGGAUGACGAUAGCUUAGCCCCAUUUUCCAGUCAUUUGUUCGUACCACCAUAGGAUUCGUCCACAUGUAUCCUUCUUCAACGGUUCAACCACGAUAUCCUCUCUCAUACACAUAUCUCCACCGCCACACAGCCAAAUCUUCUUCUCUUCCUAUGGCUACUGCUAGUUGCUGGUUCUUGGUCUUGGUGUGGGUAUGGUGGCUGCCACUCACGCUCGCCGCCGGGACCGAGGAGCAGCAAGGGGAAGGCUGCUCGAGCUCGAUCAGGAAGUGUGGCAACCUCACCAUCUCCCACCCGUUCUGGCUCCCCGAAUUGGAGACGGAAAGAUCGUGUGGUCCCUUGGAUUUUGAGGUCAAUUGCCUUGACGGCACUCCAGUUCUUCGGAGCUCUGGGAACUUGGGCUUUGCAAUCAUCGACAUCUCCUACGAAGAACGCAGUUUGCAUGUCGUUGAUCUGUACAAAGAGGAAGACUUCAACCACUCCAAGAGCUGCCAUUUCCCGAGACGGAACACAUCCAGCAAGCUGCCACUGCCGUUUAAGGUCAACCCGACCAAUCUAAACCUCAUCUUCUACAACUGCACAAAGCCAGCGGGGCAUCGGGACACAACGCUGGUGGAGAUGAGAUGCGGGAAAGCAAGUAACACGUUUGUCCGCGCGGGAGUGCGUUACGACGCAACCAGGGACUAUGCCAGCUAUGCGCUGCAAGGAUGCAAUGCUAUUGUGGUGCCGGUGCUGGACUCGUCGGCUGACUAUGAGCAGCUCAUCAGGGAUGGCUUCCUCCUGACAUGGGUUCCACCCCCUGCACGGGGCAGUACAAGGAUAAAAAUGAUUUUCAUAGCAGUUGGAGCAGUACUCGGUGGUGGUGCAUUCUUUCUGUUUAUCUUCUUUGUCUUGUACCAAAGAAAGAGGAAGAAACAAGCUGUAGCUUCAAAUGAGUUCAUGCGAAGUGGAUCUUCAACGACGUCUUACAGUAAAGACCUUGAGCUGGGCGGUUCGCCUCAUAUCUUCACUUUCGAGGAACUUGAAGUAGCUACUGAUGGAUUUAGUGCAUCAAGGGAGCUUGGUGAUGGUGGAUUUGGAACUGUUUAUAAAGGAAAGCUCAAGGAUGGGAGAGUAGUCGCGGUUAAACGCCUCUACAAAAACAACUACAGACGGGUUGAGCAGUUCCUCAAUGAGGUCGACAUCCUAUCCCGCUUGCUGCACCAGAACCUUGUCAUCCUAUAUGGCUGCACAUCCCGGAUGAGCCGUGACCUUCUCCUGGUGUACGAGUUCAUUGCAAAUGGGACUGUUGCGGAUCAUCUUCAUGGGUCCCGUUCGGUGGAACGAGGCCUCACAUGGCCCCUGAGAUUGAACAUCGCCAUUGAAACGGCUGAAGCACUGGCCUACCUCCAUGCGGUUGAGAUCAUACACCGGGAUGUGAAGACAACCAACAUAUUGCUGGACAACAGUUUCCAUGUCAAAGUUGCAGACUUUGGGUUGUCACGCCUGUUCCCGCUCGAGGUCACCCAUGUCUCGACUGUUCCACAGGGCACACCGGGCUACGUCGACCCAGUGUACCACCAGUGCUACAAGCUUACCGACAAGAGCGAUGUGUACAGCUUUGGCGUCGUGUUGGUGGAGCUGAUUUCCUCGAAGCCUGCUGUGGACAUGAACAGGAGCCACAGUGAGAUCAACCUGGCCAACAUGGCUCUCAACAGGAUUCAGAACCAUGAAGUUGUUCAGUUGGUUGAUCCGGACCUCGGCUACGACACUGACCCUGAAACGAAGAGAACGAUCGACCGAGUGGCGGAGGUGGCCUUCCAGUGCCUGCAGAUGGAGAGGGAGAUGCGGCCGUCGAUCAAGGAGGUGGUGGAGAUCCUGACUUACGUCAGGGACGGAGACUAUCAAUCUAAGAGCAUGAGGAAGAAGGCGUCUCAGAAAGAGGAUGUGCACUUGCUCACGGAUGGCCUGCAGUUUUCGCCUGACACGGUCAUCCAUAGAUUCCAUAGCCAGUCAACUAAUCACUCGGUAGCGUCGAAUGCUAGCGGAUUAUGAUGUGCUUUGAUUGAUUCUGAAGAAAUAAGGCCGCCCUGUCGAUCAGAUGAGUUGUAUAUAGCAUAGAGUUUGCUAAUGAGGUGAUUCAUCUAACUAAUAAGUACAAGCUCAUGGCUGCAGUAACUCUGCAUUUCUGAGCUUGGCAAUGAUUCAAAUGGUAGGUGUAUGUACUAGGAGCAAAUUUGAGGAUAUGCAUUGUAAUAUAAGUAUACAGUCAGUUCAAGUGGACGAUAAGAGUGAAUUCAGAAGUUGAACUGAUCAACAUUCAUAUUAUAGGUGAUCACACUGUACAAUAUAUACCAAUAUACAGUUAUUUGAGAUACUUAUGGCA